UGAUGACAAUGAUGGUAUCCCUGACAUUUAUGACGACGAUGAUGAUGGUGAUGGUGUACCAGACUCUGAACAAGACACUGACGGUGAUGGUAUCCCUGACUAUUUAGACAAUGAUGAUGACAAUGAUGGUAUUAUUGAUACAAAGGACAGAGACGAUGAUGGUGAUGGAAUUCCUGAUUACAUGGAAGAAUUAGACUCAGAUGGAGAUGGAAUCCCAGAUUAUUUGGACGAUGAUGAUGAUAACGAUGGUAUCCCAGAUCAUUUAGAUAAAGAUGAUGAUGGUGAUGGCGUGAUUGAUGCAAAACAACUUGAUAAAAGCUUGGAUUCCGAUGGAGAUGGUAUACCUGAUUACUUAGAUGAUGAUGACGACAAUGACGGCAUUCCUGACUAUUUGGAUACAGAUGAUGAUAAUGAUGGAAUACCUGAUCACCUAGAAGGAGUUAACCUGUUUGCUGAUGCAGAUGGUGAUGGAAUUCCUGACUACUUAGAUGAUGGGAAGCCACUUUCUGCUUCAUUGAAGGGAGUUGAUCUUUUAUUGGACACUGAUGGUGAUGGUAUACCAGAUUAUUUGGACAAUGACGAUGAUGGUGACGGAAUCCCUGAUUACUUAGAUGAUGACGACGAUGGUGAUGGUAUCCCUGAUUCGAAAGAAGCUUUCCAGAUUGAUACUGACGGUGAUGGAAUCCCAGAUUAUCUUGAUGAGGAUGAUGACAAUGAUGGUAUCCCU